UGAAAUCCAUCAAGAAUGUGAUCUCCUUCUUGAAGAAAAUUUUCGUGAACACGAAGCUAGCGUAGAAAGAAAUAACAAUGAGCCCCUUGAUCAAGAAGAUAUUUUGCACCUUCUUUUAAGGCUUAAAGACAAGGAGAGCCACAACUUUAAGAUCCCUUUAACAAGAGAUAACAUCAAAGCUAUAGUCUUGGACAUGUUCGCUGCCGGAACUGUGACAUCAGCAACUACACUUGAAUGGGCCAUGUCUGAAAUAAUGAAGAAUCCAACUAUCAUGAAAAACAUGCAAGCUGAAGUCAGAGAGAUCUUGAAAGGAAGAAAAAUAGUUGAUCAAUAUGAUAUUCAGAAUCUGAAGUACUUGAAAUUAGUUGUCAAGGAAACUCUAAGGCUUCAUCCUCCUGGUCCAUUGUCUUUACCUAGGGAAUCAAUAGAGCAAUGUGAGGUUAAUGGGUACAUCAUACCUAAUAAAACUAUAGCCCUAGUGAAUAUGUGGGCAAUGGGAAGGGAUCCUCACUAUUGGCAUGAUCCAGAGAAAUUUGAGCCCGAGAGGUUCAAUAUUCUUGUUGAUGAUAUCAAAGAAUCAAUUCCUUUUGAGUUCUUGGGAUUUGGAUUUGGAAAAAGAGUUUGUCCAGGAAUAUCAUUUGGUACAGCAACCCUUGAGCUAACUCUAGCUAGAUUACUGUACCAUUUUGACUGGAAACUUCCUAAUGGUAUGAAUUCAGAGGAAUUAGAUAUGACUGAGAAAUUUGGUGCUAAUGUUGUAAGGAAAAACAACUUAUACUUAAUUGCUUCACCAUAUGAGUAA